GUAUGUUGAUGACGUCACGGUAAUGGCCGCUGUCGCCGUGCCGUGCGGGUUUUUUUUAUUUCUCUGCCACAGCGGUUAAACUAACCGUUCACUCGUUUACUGUAGACUUCAAAAAACACCAGAGAUCAGCCGGAGAGGGGAGUUCUCAACGAAGCACUGCCGUCUUCAAACAGCUCCGGGUCGGCAAGAAUAUUCUCUGAUGGAUUCUCCUGAAAGCCCUACCCAGUCGCCCCAGUCCCCCGAGGAAGAGGAGAAGGGCUUUUCCGACAGCGAGCUGCUUGGUUCCUCUGACGAAGAGGAGGGCAGGGUCGCCUCGGGCAGCGAGGUAGUCCACGAAGAGGAAAAUGGAGAGCUGCUUGACGAGGACGAUGAAGAGGAGGAGGAGGUCGUGGGAAACCGAAGGAGAGGUUUGGAAUUAGAGGGAUUGAGUGAAGAGGAUGAGGUGGUCCUUGUCUCUGACCCGGAGGAUGGGGAAGCUGGAGGCAUGGGACAGGAGGAUGAGCCCUUUUUACUGAUGGAGGGGGAUGAAGAUGGUCAGCAGGGGGACCAGUUAGAUGGAGAGGAGGAGGAAAAGGAAGAAGAGGAGGAGGAAGAGGAUAGAGUCAUUGACACGCCGCUGUCUCCAGACUCAGAGCCAGAACAGGUCAAGAGCUUCACCGAUGAAGACGAUAGGGAGGAAGGAUCCGGUGACUAUAGUAAGGAUGCCUCGGCAAAGACUCAGACUGCCGGGGGGGAAUAUGAGGAGGAGGUCGAAGACAAAAUCAAAGCAGAGGAGGAAGAGGAGGAGGCAGAGGAGGAGAGAAUGAGAGCUGUGGAGCAGGAGAGGAGAAGAGCCGUCGUCGCAAAGGAGAUGAAGGACGACUCUGCGUCCGUGUCCCGGGAGCUGGACGAGCACGAGCUUGACUACGACGAGGAGGUGCCGGAGGAGCCCAGCGUCCCCGCGCACGAGUAUGAGGAAGACGAGGAUGACGCGGAAGAGGAGAAGAAGAAGAACAACAACAAUGAGGACAAGAUCAUCAAGAAGAAAGAGAAGAAGCUCAUUCUCCCCCCGUCGCCCAGGAACAGCGAGUCCAGGAGAACGGACGACCGGGCACGCAGAGACUCCUUCAGAGACAAAAAGAAGGAGGAAGACGAUGGAGAGAUUGAUGAAGGAGAGAUCGAUGAUGACGACCUGGAGGAGGGCGAGGUCAAAGAUCCGUCAGACCGCAAGAUCAGGCCACGUCCCAUCUGCAGGUUCUUCAUCAAAGGGAACUGUACCUGGGGUAUGAACUGUAGGUUCAUUCACCCCGGAGUCAACGACAAGGGCAACUAUUCCCUCAUCAGUAAACCAGACCUCUUCUCACCAAACGGAGCGCCCCCUGGUGGACCGCACCCGCUCAUACCCAACAAUCCCUGGGCGGGGCCUGCAGUGGAGGAGCUCCCUCCCCCACCUCCUCCAGUGGAGCCCCCGGUGGAGAGCGCGUGGGAGCGCGGCCUGAGACACGCCAAAGAGAUGCUGAAGAAGGCCACGAUCCGUAAGGAGCAGGAGCCCGACUUUGAGGAGAAGCGCUUCAAUGUGACCAUCGGCGAGGACGAGAGGGAACUGGACAAAGAGAACGAAUUCUUCAGAGAGCGCAGUUACCGCAUCAUCAGAGAUGAAAUGGAAUUCAGAGAUCCUGCAUACGGCGGCAGUGAACCGUAUAACGAUCCGUACUACGACUAUGAGAUGGAGGCCCUGUGGCGAGGCGGACAGUACGAAAACUUCAGAGUGCAGUACACAGAAGCGCCUCUUCCUUACCACUACACUGAGCGCGAGCGCGACCCCCAGGAGCGCCACCGGGACCGCGACAGGGAGCGGGAUCACCGGGAGAGGGAGCGCCGGCAGCGGGAGAGGGAGCGCGAGAGAGAGCGUGAGCGCGAGAAGGAGCGGAUGCGGCGGAAAGAGGAGUGGGAGCGCGACCGGAUGAAACGCGAUGAGAAGGAGCGGCCGAGGAUGCGACCGCCCCGGGACGCCCGCGAGAAGAAGGACGAGGAGAAACUGAAGCCUCGCUCGCUGCUCGACAUGCCGCCAAACAGGCCGAUGGAGCCUCCCUCGAAGAAGGAGCUUGUUCCAUUAAUGAGGCGACCAGACGAGUGGAAGGACCCGUGGCGUCGGUCCAAAUCCCCCAGGAGACGUGGGUUGGGCUCGCCGCCGCGAGGCCGCCGGCGACACCGGCCCUCCGGCUCCUCCGUCUCUCUGUCCAACUCCUCCAGAUCUUCGUCUCGCUCUUCAUCCUACACAGGUUCUGGCUCGUCUCGUUCCCGCAGCCGCUCGUCCUCGUUCAGCUCUUACUCCAGCCACUCAUCACAACACAGCUCCUUUAGCGGCAGCCGCUCGAGGUCUCGAUCAUUCUCCACGUCUCCCUCGCCGAGUCCGGCGGCUCUGAGGAACACGAAGAACAAACCAGAAGUUCCUCCUGUGUUACCGAAAGGCGUGCCGCCGAAGCCGGGCACCAUGCCACCGCCGCGCCGGGAGAAGCCUCCAGUGAAGAAAGCUCCUAGUCCUCCUCCGCAUGGUGGAAUUCCCCCGGGCAGACCUCCCAAACCCGUGGCCGAGGGAGGCAAGGCUCCCCCCAAUCCCCGGGAGCCUCCGGGCGCAGCCGGCGGGGCGGGCGGCAGCGGAGCGGGCAGACCUCAGCCGCCACGGGAACCUGGAAAACCCCCCAACCCAAGGGAAGGAAGGCGGAAAGAAAGGCAGCAGCAUCCUCCGCGGAGGAGAACCGUGAGUGGCAGCGUCAGUGGAAGCGGCAGCAGUUACUCUGGUUCUAGCUCCAGAUCCAGAUCCUCGUCCAACUCCCUCUCGCGCUCCGGAUCCAGGAAAUCGAGGAAAUCCAGGUCGCUGAGCGUGAGCAGCGUGUCGUCUGUGUCGUCGGCGUCGUCCAGCAGCAGCUCCGUGCGCAGCGCCGACUCCGAGGACAUGUACGCCGACCUGGCCAGUCCCGUGUCGUCGGCCAGCUCCCGCUCGCUCACGCCCAACCACCCCCGCAAGGAGCGAGCGCCCCCGAGGGAGCGACCUCCGCACGGGAGAGACAAGAACAGGGGAGAUUUCUCUUCAAUCGGGAAAAAUCGGGCUGAUAAUCACCGUCGUGCGUUUCCUGUCGGCGCCGCAGAGCGACCGCCGAAGAAAGACAGCGAACCCUUCAGGGACGAUCGCAGGAAGAUGGACCCGUCCGGUGCCCCGCCUCGAGGCGGCAACCCCGUGCCCCGAGGAGGCAACCCCAUGCCCAGAUCAGGACCCGGCGGCAACAGGGGCGGGCACCCGGCGCACCCGCCUCCGGGCAACAUGGGCCCCCCCGGAAACUACGGAGGUUCUGGUUCCCACAAAGACAUCAAGCUCACCCUCCUCAACAAGCAGCAGGGAGAUAAAGGCAACAGGAAGAGAUACCUGCCCUCAGACAAAGACAGGCCUGGUUCUCCCCUCAGCAAGAGAAUGGCCAUGUCUCCAGAUAGAGGUCGUGAUAAGAGGAUACCGGGCCGACCCCCGCUCUCCCCUCGAAUGGAUCGGCCCAGAGGCCAAGGGCCCCGGCCCCUGCCCCCCCACGGAGACAGGAAACGUCCUCUGUCGCCCGCCCCCAAGUCGUCUGGGAAACCCCCCGCCGUGCCGCCACCCGGCAAGCCGGCCGCUCCGGGCUCUGCUUCUGCCGCCGGCUCCGGUUCAGGCUCCAGCUCCGGCUCCAACAAACCCAGCAACACACUGUCGCGCCGCGAGGAGCUGCUGAAGCAGCUGAAGGCCGUGGAGGACGCCAUCGCCCGCAAGCGAGCGAAGAUCCCCGCCAAGUAGGCAGAGGGGCCCGGCCCGCUCCUCGCCUGAGGACCACGGGACGCAGCGUGUUCCCUGCUGCUGUCAGCGGAUGUGUAAAAAUAAUAAUAAUGUUGUUCGGAAAACACGCUGCCACAGGAAAACCGUCUUCUGCUUGUUCGACCUCCAGAGGCUCGGCUCUGCGACCUUCUCAAGCGUCGCUCGCUCCCAACGCGCCCGGCGGUUGAGGGAAGGAGUGAGGGAGGGAGGGAGGGAGGGAGAGAGGGAGGAAAGGAGGGAGGGAGGGACGAGUCUUGAGGUAAAACUCGAGGAAGCAUCUUCCUCGUCCUCGUUGUGGCGCGGCGGGAAAACAGAUUUGUACACAUUGAUUCUUCUUCUUUGUCUCUCUGUGGUCUCGUCCUCUCGUCACGUCUUUGCUUUUUUCUUUCCCUCCGACUUGUCGAGCGGCGAACGAGCCUCCGGAGGCUCCGACGCUGCUUCUUCUUCUUCUUCUUCUUCUUCUUCUUUGUACAAAUUCUCCAGCGUCUGUUUCUUCGGCCCCUGACGGAGACGACGUGGCGCCCGAGGCUCGAACCGGCGGCGGCGACGCCUCCUGCGCUCUGUGGUUUUUGGGGCAGCGCUCGCGGUCGCACCUUGUACCAUAAUGAGCAAAGUCAUCAGAUUCUUUUUAAGCGUAUGAUUAUAGACAAAAGUGAUGUGAAAUAUUUGCUUUUCUCUUUCUGUUUUUUUUUUUCUUUUAAAAAUCUUUAGCAUUUUGUUUAUCUCUUCUCGGCUCUCCUCCGAUAACAGCGAUGUUUUAUUUGUGUCACAGUUUGAGUUGGCGAGCUGAGCGGCGGCGAUUAGAGACUUGAGACGCGUCUUGAUUUUGUGACAACAUCCUCUUGGAAAUAAACUAUUUUGAUAAAGA